GUUUCACUACAGAGAUGGCUGCGAAAGUGUGCAGAUCAGUACUCCUGUUGUCCCGGAGCAGCGGAGCGGUGGCCGGCAGCCUCCCCGCACUUGUUGUCUCUUCACAGCGACAUCAUCAGCACAUAAGACCGCAGGAGGUACUGUCUGCUCCUUUCACCCGUCAGACUGUCAGGAGAGCACAUGGCCUACGGUCUGCAGCCCACUCAGCACUCUUCACCCAGCCUCCCACUGCCCUGUCUCCACAGGUUUGGAGGGGCGCCCCCUCAUGGCAUGGCCAGAGACUGUUGUGUACCUCCGCUGCUGCUCCAGACGAGGUGACAGUGGUGUAUCAGAAUGGACUGCCGGUGAUCUCAGUCAGCUUGCCGUCAAGGCGAGAGCGCUGUCAGUUCACCCUCAAGCCUCUCAGCGACUGUGUGGGAGUUUUCCUGCAACAGCUCCAGGCAGAGGACAGAGGCAUCGACCGGGUAGCCAUCUACUCCACGGAUGGAGCGAGGGUCGCCUCCUCCACAGGCAUAGACAUCCUGCUGCUGGAUGAUUUCAAGCUCGUCAUUAAUGACACCACACACCUCGUGCGGCCACCGAGGAGAGAGCUGCUGCCCCAUGAGGAGGCGGAAAGGCUGAAUGAUGUCAAGUUUCUGGUGCAGCAGCUCUACACCACCCUGCGCAUCGAGGAGCACCAACUCGGCAAGGAACGUGAGCUCAUUUCACGACUGGAGGAACUCAACUCUGAACUCCGCCCCUUAGAGAAGUUGAAGGAGGAGCUGAGAAGGAAGGCAGAGCGGCGUACCACCUGGGUGAUGUGGGGCGGCAUGGCGUACAUGGCCACCCAGUUUGGCGUCCUGGCCAGGCUCACCUGGUGGGAGUACUCCUGGGAUAUCAUGGAGCCCGUCACCUACUUUAUCACUUAUGGCACGGCCAUGGCCAUGUACUCCUACUUUGUGCUUACACGCCAGGAGUAUGUUUACCCCGACGCUAGAGACAGACAGUUUCUGCUGUUCUUCCACAAGGGGGUGAAUAGGACACGCUUCGACAUUGAGAAGUACAACAAGCUGAGGGAUGAUAUCGCUGAGGUGGAGUUGGAUCUGAAGCGUCUCCGGGACCCGCUCCAGCUCCAGCUCCCAGUCCAGCAGCACACCGCCAGUAACAAUUGAUGGGAAGAGUGACUCCCUCCUCUCUCAGCUCCUGCAAGCCCCUUUUCCCUCUUCCCUCUUCCGUCCAACACCCUUCUCCUUCCCAUUUUACCCCCAGACUCCUCCCUCCCCCAUCCCUCCCACACCCAAUAAUCCCAUCCCUUUCUUGACUGUGGGAGUUAGUUUUUUCUCCUUUUUUUUUUCUUUUUUUUUUCUUUUUACUUUCCUGACUGAAAGCUCCAGUUGGAAUUGCAAGUGAAAACCCGCUAGAAGGAUGGCGAGAGUACCGGGAACUGAAAAACUCUCACAGCCGAAGGAUGGUGAGGAUGAUGAAAAGGACAAAGAUGAUGAAGGAAUAAAACUGGGUACUAUGGAUAUGCCUCAAGUCUCCGGAGGGACAGCCUGCAAGGAACUCCAGGGGGCAAACAGGAAUUAUCACACCUCUAGACACUCCAGAACAGAGGACAUGCAGAGGGGCAGUCAUUGUUGAGUGUGUGUGUGUGUGUGUGUGUCUAUGGGACUUUCAGGAUACACUGGGACCCUGACCACUCACAGCAGUGCAGUCCUGCUUCCUUUAGCAGUCAAACUGUCAACACACACACCUACUCUUGGCUGGGACAGGCUCCAGAGAGAGUCUCUAUCCCACACGUUAAAGUUUACAAGGAAGUCCUGACUGCAGUCGCACCAUCAGGGGGACUUUCGUCUUCCUGUGGCUGAACUCUGCUGCCUCUCCCUCCCUGGGCCACGCCUUCUCCAGGUGACGGACAGCUGUCCCUCCCAGUGUGACCUUUGUCAGGAGCCUGUCUCCACUCGCAGGAUAUAGGCAUGACGACGCCUCGUUUCCUCUUCCUGUUGACGUCCUGUAGCGGCCCGGUCUGCGCAAGAAUGAGAGUACUACCGACAACAACAUCACUGUGUGUUCUUUUAUUCCAAAAAAAAUAUUUUGGCACUUUUUAUUUUGAAAGCCAUAGUAUAUUUGUUAUGAAAAGAAUAUAAAUAUAUAUAUGUAUACAAUCAAAUAAACAGAUGACCAGAGGCUAGUUUUUUUCAGUGGGGGGAGGAGCUCUUGUACAAACAUAAUUUCAUCAUAAACUCAUUUACAUCCUCUGAAGAUCUCCUGCUACCAAGGACCCCAGCUACCAGUCCGAUGCGCGCACACACAAAGAGCAUUAUAAUGUAUGCAUUUACGACCUUGAACAAUUUCAUAUCUCGUCAUGACACACAAUGUAUUUUACAGUCCCAAUUGGACGUAAGGCUCCUGUGCAUGGCCACCUAAGGGAGGAAACAAUGUUGAAGCCAAAUCAGGGUGUAAAUGGUUUUGAUUGGAAUUGAUUCUGAGCGACGCAGAAUAUCGACGUGGAUAAUGCCAUGCUUGACCUCUAUAAUCAUCUCAUGAAUGCAAAGAUUGCUGCAGAAAUGCUUAACAUAAUGCAGGGGUUAAAUGUGCAGUGAUCAUUGUCUCAGACUAACCCACAGGCAUGUUAUAGUUUAAUAGAUACGAUUAACUGAGUGGCUUUAAUAAAAAAAAAGAAAAAAGAGUAAAGCCGCAGUAUACAGCAGGAAUUUGAGUAAAUUCCCUGCAGUUCAAUAUCCCUUUUCACCUAAUAUCAUAUAUUUUCUUAAUUUCCAAUCAAAAAUUGCUGAAGCCCCAACGGGCAAGUGAGAAAAAUUCUGGUGAUCCUUUUUUAUCAUCUUCUUCAUCUCAAGUCUGGUCUAAACUGUGUUUAUGAUUAACAAAAAAAAGGUUUGCCAGUAUUAUCUUUACUUUUUCCCCCCAUCUGUGAAACAGAUUAAAAAGGUUAAAAAAAAGUUUCCCACGAUAGUUUUUCAAAAUUAUUUUUUUUCAUCCGUGGAAAGAGGUAAUGGAAAAUGUUUCAGCAGGUGAUUAUUCUCUUUUUUAAUAGUUUUGGCGGUGAUUUUUUUUAAUUAUCUUGCACAUUUUUUGUUGUUGUAAUUCCCAUGUUGGCCAUUAGAGGCUGACGUACACCUCUACCCCAUGUUCUUAACAGGACGAAAAUCUUUCAUGAUUUCUUCCGGGUGCGUUUUAUUCUCUCACUCUAAAAUAAUCCUGGCAAAGUUUUUUAUUCCCCUUGGUUAACCUUUUUUUCCCCCAUCUGUUUCAGGGAUGAAAAACAUUUAAGGAAUUUAUAAAGACUGUCUUGGCAAACCCUUUUUUUCUCCUGUUCUUAAGUCAUAAAACAGUAGAGAAAACAAUUUAGAUCAGACUCUCUAGAAGAAAAACUAUCACUAGAUUUCUUUUGCUUAAUUACCUUCCUGAGCUUCUGUUUUGUACUUGGAGUUGUAAAAUGACCAUUUUCAAAUGUUCAGGCCUUUAGUUUAGCAGCAUGUGAUAUGCAUUUCAACAUUUUUUUAUGAUCCUCCCUCACAACGCUUAGAGACAAAAUAACAGAAGACUACAUCUAAAAAAAAAAAAAAAGGAGCAUCAUGGCAUUAAUUCACACUUUUGAGUUUUCUCCUCCCACUGUUGCUGUAAUGCCCCCCUGCUCCCUCGAUGGCACCGCAGGGUAGACUGCAUGCUGUGGUAUGCCCUCAGUAGAAAUUUGUGAAUGUGUAGGAGCAUUAUUGCAAUUUUGUACUCAAUUGGACUCUUUUCUUUGCCACAUCUAGCUGAAGUCUCAUCCCCCCUCCGAUAGGUUAAAACAAAGGUUAUAGAAGCCAUAUUUUCAUGUUGUUUAUUUUUUGGGAUGGUCACUGAUUUGUCAGCUUCUGUUCAGGGCUCUCUCUCCGGCCCCAUUAACAUCUCCUAAAGCUCUCAAAGCCAGUUGUUUGACCUCUGACCUGCUGUAGAUCACCUCUGCAGAGGGGAAGCACAAUGACAUGACGUCCCCUGAUCAUAGACUCUAGCUCAAGAUCCUGCUUGUGUGUCCUGUGUGGACAGUUAGCUGAAUCCUACUGAAGAGAUCCUUGUGUUUAACCUGCAGAUUGUCUAUUGAAAUGCAUGCUUUUAGAUCAGAUCAGAAGUGAGCCAUGCAGAUCUCAAAGCAGGAUUUGGUCUAAUCUGUUACCUUACGUGUUGAUGUGUGUGUUUUAUCUCCAAGGGAAAUGGUGCCUUUUGGAUGAUUAAUGAUUUUUAAAGAUAAUGUAGCAAUUCGGCAAACGGCAAGAUCAUUGAGAAAGUAAAUUUCUUAUUUGGAGUGACACCUUCGUAUAAAGGAGGGUUAAAUUUGAAUUGCUUGGUAGUGGAAAUCAAUCUUUGCCGUGUCUGCGAAGGUGUGUGUUUGUCAAAUCCAAAAUCCUAAGUCCAGAUCACCAUAUUCAUGAAUGCUUUGCCCCUAAUCACUGACUGUCAAUAGAGGUAGAAAUCAAUUCCGCCCUCAUCCCGCUUCAUAGCAGCCAUGCAUUUUUAUCCUGAACAGGCACACACACACAAACACAGAAGGUGACAACGGUGUUUCCUUGGAGAUGUACUGUGGCAGGUGAGAGAGUCUCUGUCUGCAGUCCAAUCCUCCCCUCUGCUGUUUCCACACAACACUUCUCUUCAUCAUCACCUCCUCCUUUUUAUCAUGCCAUCCACCGUUUAUUGCCUUUAUUUUUGUUCUUCUCUCUCUCGUUUUAUUUUAUUUUUUAAACAAAAUAUAUCAAAUAUAGGGAAACUUUAUUAUAAAGAGGGUGUUGCAUGAAUGUAUGUUUACAUGGGAAAUUAUGUGAAAAAUAAAAAAGACGAUUUAUCAACAAAAAAAACAAAGAAAAAAACUGCAAAGAUAAUUUAAGAACGUUGUUUGUAGAGAUUCCUAGUUAUAAAGGGCAGUGGACAGGGCUGCGUCUUUAGAAUCUGCCCUGCCAAAUCUGACUUACAUCCCAGCCAACCAACUGCUCAAACCUCCAUCAAACCCCACUCCCAUCUUCACCUUAUUUACUCUCAUAAACCCCUUUCCUCACGUGCAUUUUCUCCCCAAUAAAUGGAAAAACACCCUCCAUCUUUGGUGCACCUAUAAAGGAGGAGACCUCUUGACCUCACUUACUAACGUCCUGGAUUUGAGUCCAAAGGUUUCAGGAGCACUCUGUCAGCAUAUCGGGGAACACCUCCCAUCCUCGUCCCUCUCUCCUGUUCUCCUGUUAUUUUCAUCCUCCCUCAGCCGGGUUUUCUCCAAAGCAACAUUAUUAUUCUAUGUUUUGAAUGUGUGUUAUGUUUUGAAUACCUUAUUUGUGUGCACUUCCAAAUACAUGUUUAAAAAUGCCUAAAGAGUGAAGCAGAAUUAUAGGAUUGAAAUGAUCUUGUACUCCAUUCUGACCUCUUAUUUUAUUUUUCUUGUCUUUUUUUCUUCUGUUGACAUAUGAUGCUGUAAUGUUGGCAAAAAAGAAAAAUGUAAAAUCCUGUAUCAUUUAUGAAAUAUGUAUAAAAGAGAAAUGUAAUUCAAUUAUCAAUAAAAUCCUUAUCCAGUUUUUGGA